UACGGUGUCAAAACAGGAAAAGCGUCGGAAGUGGAAUCUGUUAAUGGCAAAAGGGAAGCCGAAGAGGAGCUCAGCAGACUCGUCUUCAGUGGGGGGCGUGAGAGCGACUCGAACAGAGAUGAAACAACCAGAUGAACGUGACUCUCUGUCCCUCGCUGCCUUUGUUUUGGUUGUCGCUCUCUGCGUGGUGCCGCUGACGGCUCACACAUCUACCUCUGGCUUCCCUCAUCAGAAGCUGAAGAUGGAUGAGGCACUUCUGACAGUCAACAAUGAGGUGGACACUGAGGUGGUGGUGUCCUGGGUGUCAGACCGCUGCUACCAGUGUCUGUACCAGCAGCUCGGGGUGGUUCCUGCAGGGUCCAGUCCUGGUCAGCCCAGUUCAGCAGACUUCAUUGUGAGCACGCAGCAUCAAAUGACACUCCAGCUCAACAACACUUCUGUCAAAAUGGAGCUCUGCAAGGUCCCCUUCCACUUCGGCGAGCACGGAAACUACUCGCUGUGGGUGAAAAAUCUCAACGACUCCUCGGUGGUCAACUGCUCGGUGGUGACGGAUGAAGAAGCCUUCAACAGCUACAUCCCCGUGCUGAUCGCUUUCGUCAUCUUUGCUGGACUCGCCUUGAUGUCUACUAUCGGAAGAACGAUAUAUGGGCUUGAAGUCGUCAGGGGGAUCCUCUUCAGAAUCGGCGGCUCCAUGGAAACCGAGCGGCUCAUAAACUCUGAGUUAGGCUCCCCUGGCAGGAUAAUACCGCCGGUGACUGACAACAUCCUCCCUCCACCGCCCAGUCCCAGCAAGAGGCUGCGAUCUCUGGACACAUUCAGAGGUAUCUCCUUAGUCAUCAUGGUGUUCGUGAACUACGGAGGGGGGCGAUACUGGUUUUUUAGACAUGAAAGCUGGAAUGGGCUCACAGUUGCAGAUCUUGUAUUUCCUUGGUUUGUAUUCAUUAUGGGGACGUCCAUCGCCCUGUCGAUCAACUACCAGCUCCGCUCAGGCGCCACACGCUGCUCAAUGCUGAGGAAAGUAAUAUGGAGGAGCCUCCAGCUCUUCAUCAUCGGCGUCAUCAUCAUCAACCCAAACUACUGCCAAGGACCAUUAUCGUGGAACAACCUGCGGAUCCCAGGUGUGUUACAGCGUCUGGCCUGCUCAUAUCUAGUAGUAGCAUGCUUGGAUUUGUUGGUGGCAAGAGGUCAUCUCGACAUCCUUACUACGGAUGCAUGUUGGUCCCCUGGACUUGAUAUCCUGCUGUACUGGCCAGCCUGGCUGUGUGUGCUUCUCUUAGAAACCAUCUGGUUAUGCCUCACUUUUCUCCUCCCAGUACCAGAUUGCCCAACAGGCUAUCUGGGUCCAGGUGGGAUUGGGGACAUGGGCCUGUAUGCUAACUGCACCGGUGGAGCAGCUGGUUAUAUUGACAGGUGGCUGUUGGGAGAUUCCCACAUCUACCAGAAUCCCUCAUCACGGGUGAUUUAUGGAACUCAUAUGCCAUAUGAUCCAGAAGGAUUCUUGGAAGCAUCAACUCCGUCC